AUGGAAGAAACAUUUGAACUACUGUACCAGGAGUUUAAACGGUUGAAAACUGUGUGUGAGAGGCAGGCAGAGAUUAUUAAGGAGUUGACUGAAAAAAGAGAAAUGACUACUGAUAGGCCUUUCACUGUACCAAUACAGUGCACAGAUGCUGGGAAGCCAGACCAAUCUGAAGGACCCUUCCUCAAACCACAGAAGCAGAAAGACCUCCAGGUAGCUGCCUGCAGUGUUCCUACUGAUUCUCAAGACAUUAUGGUGGACAGAAAGCAUGGCAAGGAGCUUGACUACUGUUCCAAACUUGACAUCAGAUUUCUUCCAAGGAGUGGUGAAUACAACUUUUUAAUCAGUGAACCAGAGAAAUUGCACCACUUGCAUACUGUUCAUCAACCAGAACCUCCAACUCCAACUGAUGAAAGUGUUAGUGACUCUCUGAGCAACUUGUAUGAUGACUGCAGAUGCCCUUUCAACUUUAAUGUAGAUAGGAGUUCAUGGGAACAGCCAACUAUGAGUACUCCUCAGCACAUCCUGGGUGAGGGGGGUGUAAUUUUAAGAUCAAAUUGUCUCUUUCAGGAAAGACAGUACUCAGGUAGUGAUUUGGAAAAUGUUCCAGAGCAAAGGAGCUUGAACCCGGCUGUUGGCUAUUGUUCCACAGAUUGUUUAUCUGUUUUACCUGAACUUUUCAUCCGUUCAGAGAAUAUGGAGCCACAGCAGAGUUCACGGAGCCAUCAUUGUUUAGCUGAGGAUUGCCACACAGGACAUGAAACCACACUGAACUCUGAAUCAUGCCUCAACUCCCAAGUCUGUGAAUUCUGCCAAGCUGUGUUUCCAGCUGGUGCAGCAACUCGAGACGAUUACUUGGUGCAUCUCACUGGACAUAUUGAAUUCGAGUAA